CGCGGCGGCCGCCUCGCCUCGCGCCCGCGCCGCGAAGAUGGCGACUCCCAUGCACCGCCUCAUCGCGCGGAGACAGGCGGAGGCAAACAAGCAGCAUGUAAGAUGUCAAAAAUGUUUAGAGUUUGGCCACUGGACGUAUGAAUGUACAGGGAAGAGGAAAUACCUGCACAGACCUUCGAGGACAGCUCUAUUAGCAAAAGCUCUUAAAGAGAAAGAAAAGCGACUGUUGCUGCAACAAAGCACUGGAGAAAGUACUGCAGAAAGAAAGACCAACAAAAAAAGAUCUAAAAGUGUGACAAGUUCCAGCAGCAGUAGCAGUGCCAGUUCAGCUAGUGACUCCUCAUCUGACAGUGAAGAUUCCUCUACCUCCUCUUCUGAUGAAGACAGCGACAGUGAUGAGAGCUCCUCUACUGCCUCAUCAUCUUCCUCUUCGAGUAGUACUUCCUCUUCUUCAGAGUUCGAGUCCGAUUCCAGUUCCUCCAGCAGUAGCAGCAGCAGCACAGACAGCAGUUCUGAUGAGGAGCCGCCAAAGAAAAAGAAAAAGAAAUAGUGGGGUAAAGUGUAGAACUGAUCUUGGUGAACGCAAACAUUCUUCAAAGGUGUUUUGAACACGUUAUUGCCAAAUGGUUUAACUGGUCAACAUUUCUACGGCUAAAACUUUCUAAGUGUUUUGCAUAGUUGUUCAUAUGACAUAAAAGGUAUGAAAUGGCAUGUGAGACUUCCUGAAAGAGUAUUUUUGUGAUUAAUCCUUUUAUGGAAAAUUUUACUUUUUUAGUUAAAAAUCUAUCAUCAGAUUUGUUUAUAUGAGCUAAGAUCCAGUAACCCCAAUGUUUACAUGAUGGAAAGCAAAAGCUUUUUGUUGCAGAUCAUGCUGCGCAUCAUAUACUACUAUUCUGUUUUGGCAGCUUCACUUGCAUUUAGAAAAUCCUCUAAACUGUUUAGAAGCAAAAGGUUUACGCUGCUGGCUGCAGAGCACUGUCAUUGUUUGUUGAAAUUGAAUGCACAAUGUUGCACACAAGGGACUUCCAUCUCACUGUUAACAAAUGUAUUGUUUGCUGCUGAGCUUUUUUCUUUUUUUUCCUGAUGGCUUUUCCUGAUGCUUCCAGGUUAAGUCUUAAUCACCACAUAAAACUUCUAGUAGUGCUCAUUGGUUAAUGAUCAAUAUACUGCUUAUCCUGUGCGAAGGCUUUAGUCUUUUCAACUUCACCUGUAUCCUUAGCUCGUGUAUUUGUAAUACUCUGAGAAGAGGAAAGUCUCUUGCAGUAGCCUCUGAGUGAGAAAGAGGAGCAGUGCAUGGUGGAGCAAGUAUGACUGAUGCUGCUUAAGAGUUUCAUCUUUGUGCCUUUUUUGUAAAUUAAAUGUAUCCUAGUGAGAAAAGGGCUUGAGUGUUGUUUUUCAAAACU